AGCAUUCGUACGGUGGAUCAUAUAGUGGUAUCCCUCUCUCUUAAAACGUCACAUCGACUAUUGAUACAAUUGGUUUACAUUAUGUGAUUCAGCGAAAAAAAGAAAGCCUCGUAAGAUAGGGCUGUUAGUGAAAAUUAAUUCCGAAUGAACAGCGAUAUUGGUCAUAUUAAAACAAUGGUAUUUUCUAAAGAAAUACUUUAUUACUUAGAUAUUGCAAUGGAUUUUUAAUUCGUUAUUCAGGACUGAAAUGGAUACUUUUUUACUUCGACAGUGGUAGGCAUUAUUUUGUUGAAUAAUUAUAUAAACACGUAGCUGUCAAGGAGAAAACAUUAAAAACUAUUUAUAGAAAAUUAUUUCUCCAAUUCGUGACAGCCGUCAAUUGUAAGAAUCCAUAACAAGUUUUGCCAAGAACGAAUUGGAAUUACAGAAAUUAUUUUCAACAGACCUGGUUCUGUUUGCCUAGUUAAACAAAUAUUGGAGAUUUUAAACAAAUAUUGGACUUUUUAUAACAAUACGCCAUUAAAUGUCUGUGACAAUAUCACAGUGGACUAUUUAACUAUAAAUAUUGAUGCUUUAUAGGAAGAAUGAUAGCUAUUAAAAGGACUGGCAUCAUGAAAUUCUAUUCUUGUUGAACGACACCUAUCUACAAAAUGAGUGCCCGGUUCGAGCCUUGAAAUAGCCGACAACACGGGUCAAUGGCAGUCAAUAAUGUACCUACUGCGUCGCCUGGUGUCCCCAACGUCCGAGGUCAGCGGCUUAAAGGAGCAGGCUGAGGCGUCAAAGCUCAUCCGGAAGUUCGGUCGUAAAGGCAAGGGGAAAGGUCAAUUCAAUAUGCCAACGGGCGUUGCCGUUACUAAAGCAGGUGACGUGGUUAUUUCUGAUACCGAAAACCACAGAAUUCAAAUCUUCGGCAGUGAGGGUACAUUUAAACAUAAAUUUGGAAUGCGCGGGACAGAUCCUGGUAAUUUAUGUUACCCAAUCAGUGUUGCCAUGACUACAGAUGAUUGUAUUGCUGUCACAGAUAGUGUUAACGCAUGCGUCAAAGUGUUCUCUCAAAAUGGUGAUUUUCAAAACAAAUAUGGAAGUGAUUCGUUUCUGGAAUUUCCAUACGGUCUAGCUAAUUAG